AUGUCUCUCGCCACCUUCAUCACCCAGCUAGGUGCCGAGAUUGAGGACGCCUCGGAAGAAACCUUUUUACUCUUCUCCCAAGACAUCCCCUCACAGAAUCUUGGCAUAAUCGAUUCUCAAGCCCCUCUCCUUGAACUGUCCAUCGGGUCUCGUGAUCUAUCCAUAAAGCAGUCACCUGCCGUCCUUAAGUCAGCUCGAGGAGGCGGCACUACAGGUGCCGUGGUCUGGAAGGUUACCCCGAGGUUUGCCGAGUGGUUGUCAUUGCCUACUAACAUAUUAGCACAACACGGCAUCGUUGCUGCAGAGUCAAGCGUGCUUGAGCUAGGCUCCGGCAUCGCUGGUAUUGUGCCUUUGACCUUGGCUCCUCUGGUGCAACAAUAUAUUGCUACAGAUCAGGUGUACGCCCUCAAACUCCUCAUGGAAAACAUCGACGCAAACAGUGCAACGACAAGACAGGUUGGAGGGAAAAACAAGAAACCCCCGAAAAAAGCAACUUCUGUGCAAAGUCCGACCAUACGAGUCAAGUCUCUGGACUGGGAGACUGACGAUGUUGACUCGUUCCUCAAAAGCAGCAAUGCAGCUGAAGGAGUGGACCUGGUCAUUGCUUGCGACUGCAUAUACAACUAUGCUCUGAUCAAGCCGUUCGUGCAGACAUGCGUUGACAUCUGUCGAGCAAGAACAAGCGGACGACCGACAGUGUGCGUGAUAGCACAACAGCUUCGGCAGCCAGAUGUGUUUGAGGAGUGGUUGGAAGAGUUUCACAAGCACUUUAGAACAUGGAGACUCCCAGACGACGUGUUGUCAGGCCCUCUGAAAGAGAACUCGGGAUUCAUGGUGCAUAUCGGCAUACUCCGCGAAGGAGGGUCGAUGGCGGUGUGA